UCCUCUUUUUGAUGUAUCUUCAAUUUAGACUCAGCAGAUACACAGAUUUUUAUAUUCCAUGCUUAAAUUUGAAUCUUGGAUCCAUGAAUGUUCUACUUUGAAUAGGUUUCGGAGACGAUCAUUUGCAUUUACACUGGGCCACGAGCCACACUUUGACUGGCUGAAAGCCUGUGUUUGUUUUGGACAUGGAUACUCUACAGUCUCUAUCCCCAAACAGCACAAAUAUGGAGGAGAUUUCAGAGGAUUUCCAAGUACAGAUGAACCACGAGAUGAUCAACAACUCUGAAAGUCCUGCUUGCUCCACUGCUUUCCCAGGAGUCCCUCAUGUUUGUGGACAUGAGUCUGCAGCCCAGCGCUACGCUGUGACACGUUUACAAGCAGGUUUUCCGAACAGUAUGGCAGACUAUCUGAUAAGUGGAGGAACGGGCUACAUCCCAGACGACGGCCUCUCUGCUCAGCAGCUCUUCUCUGUUGGAGAUGGUCUCACCUACAAAUCAGGACAGCAGUCUGUCCGAGACGGACUCACGGCGGAAGAGCUUUGCUCUAUGGGGGACGGUAUGACUUACAAUGAUUUUCUGAUCCUGCCUGGCUUCAUUGACUUCACCUCAGAUGAAGUGGACUUGACCUCAGCAUUAACCAAGAAGAUCACACUAAAGACCCCGCUUAUCUCCUCUCCCAUGGAUACUGUUACCGAAUCCUCAAUGGCCAUCGCCAUGGCACUCAUGGGAGGGAUUGGAAUCAUUCACCAUAACUGCACCCCAGAGUUCCAGGCCAAUGAGGUACGCAAGGUUAAGAGGUUUGAGCAGGGUUUCAUCACUGAUCCAGUGGUGCUGAGUCCUCGUCACACAGUAGAUGAUGUACUUGAAGCAAAAGUUCGACAUGGAUUCUCUGGAAUCCCCAUCACCGAGACGGGCAAGAUGGGCAGCAAGCUGGUCGGCAUUGUCACGUCACGAGACAUUGAUUUCCUGUCUGAGAAGGAUAAUAAUAAACUUCUAGAGGAGGCCAUGACUAAAAGGGAGGAUCUGGUAGUUGCUCCAGCUGGUGUCACACUGAAACAGGCCAAUGAUAUCCUGCAACGCAGCAAAAAAGGUAAACUACCCAUCGUGAAUGACAACGACGAGCUGGUGGCUAUCAUUGCCCGCACCGAUCUAAAGAAGAACAGGGACUAUCCUCUGGCAUCUAAAGACUCCCGCAAACAGUUGCUGUGUGGCGCUGCAAUCGGCACCCGUGAAGACGACAAAUACAGGCUGGACCUGCUGACGCAAUCUGGGGUGGAUGUGGUGGUACUGGAUUCAUCACAAGGCAACUCUGUAUACCAGAUAAAUAUGAUCCAUUACAUCAAGCAGAAGUACCCAGAGCUGCAGGUUGUGGGAGGAAAUGUUGUUACAGCUGCACAGGCUAAGAACCUGAUAGACGCAGGUGUGGACGCAUUGCGUGUGGGAAUGGGAUGUGGUUCAAUCUGCAUAACCCAGGAAGUCAUGGCAUGUGGGCGACCUCAGGGCACCUCUGUGUAUAAGGUGGCAGAGUAUGCGAGGAGAUUUGGAGUGCCAGUCAUCGCAGAUGGGGGUAUCCAGACGGUCGGCCAUGUGGUAAAGGCCUUGUCCCUGGGGGCAUCUACAGUGAUGAUGGGAUCGCUUUUGGCUGCCACCACAGAAGCUCCAGGAGAGUAUUUCUUCUCUGAUGGGGUGCGGCUAAAGAAAUACAGAGGAAUGGGCUCUCUGGAUGCCAUGGAGAAGAACACCAAUAGCCAGAAACGCUACUUCAGUGAGGGUGAUAAGGUGAAGGUGGCUCAGGGAGUGUCCGGCUCAGUGCAGGAUAAAGGCUCCAUCCAUAAAUUUGCCCCUUACCUCAUUGCUGGAAUCCAACACGGCUGUCAGGACAUCGGUGCGAAAAGCCUCUCAGUGCUUCGGUCCAUGAUGUAUUCUGGAGAGCUGAAGUUUGAGAAGAGAACUAUGUCUGCUCAGGUGGAGGGAGGUGUACAUGGACUUCACACUUACGAGAAGCGUCUCUACUAACGUAGGUGGCAGAACAUGGAUUGGAAGGAGUGACAAAACACCUCAGACAAAUCUGAAACCAUAGAACUUAACUCCACCCUGCUCUUCACCAUUUCUCCUGCAAGACCACUACAAUGAGAGAUGGAGAAGUUUUCAAGGAGUUUAAGAGCAGGACCUCAAACUAAUUCAGUCCCCAAAAACAUGGCAGUUGCUCUCGAGCGACUAUCAGGGUAACUAAAUAGCUGUCUGUGUUUGCAAAUGUUUGAGCAAACCAGCGAAGACAAAAAGGCAUUUGGAGCUAAUAUUCUUGACAGACUUUUUCCCCAUCCAAACUAAUGUUCUAUUUUAAAGUCUCUCUUUAGAUGCAACAUUGAAGCUCAAAUUCAAUAUCUCUUUUUCCACUUGCAAACUGAUGACUGCCAUGAAAACAAGUGCUCCAACUAUAUUUGAGGAAAUCUUUUAUGUAGUGGAUAUGGAACUGCUAAAGACGCUAUAUUAUAUAAUUUUAUUUUGGAAGGAAGAGGUAUGUGGAAGAAGUCAUGUUUGUGAUGGUUAAAUGUCUAUUGUACUACUGGUGGGACAGAUUUCCCUAUCACAGCAUUCUGCUAUGUACCCCACCCCACGAUUCAUACUAAACAUAAUUAUACCAAAACCAAUAUCCUUAAAUAUUCAUAGUAGUUCUGAGAGUGUUACGUUCUAGUUGUCCUGAUGAUAUUUUUGACCAAACAGCUGGAACUGACAUUGAAGUUUUUUUGAUCAUCAAGGUCAGUUAGUUGAAGCUGAACUUUUAAAGCAGUCCUCUUGACUAGAAUGAAGAACAGUAAUUAUGGGAUUUUAUGAUAAUGCGGAUGAGACACUGGGUGCUGAAUUGGUAUAAAGAGUUCUAAUGUGCAUGCAAAGCGACAUUUGUACUAUUUACUGUACAUUACUGCCAAGUGCAUUGUUUUUUCUGUUCAACUUUUGACUAAUCUUUCACAAAAGCCAAAUUAAUGCUGUGAGUUUCCUGUUCCUCUGAGAAUGUGUUUGUCCAUGUCACCAGUGACAUGCCUUGAAAAUGUGCCAUAAAUGAAGAAUACACGCAUCUGUUUUAACCUAAAACACGGCACUUGUGCUCACCAGAUCCUUACGAAUUUGAAUGAAAGUUGUUUUUUUGUAAUGAUUUUUCAGUGCCAUUUGUUUUUUUGUUUUUUUUUGUCUUUUUUUAAGUUCCAGCUAGAGGUGUGUGUGUGUGUGUGUGUUUUGGGGGGGGGGGUUGGUAAUCAUGCACUCUGUACUUAAGCAUUUGGUAUGUGGACACAAUUGCAUCCUUUAAUCAACUGGAUGUUGCUUGUUAUUAUGUUGCUUUGCCCACUGUCUUAGUCUUUGACAACUCAAGAGCCAGGAUUGUUUACCGCAGUGUAUUCAACUGAAUUACAUAUUCUAAUUUAUGUUGAUGAAUAAAUUAAACUCUCAGUCAAACUGUU